UGGGUCCGAAACAUAUUUAGUUAGUCAAGACAGUUACGGAGAAGAGUUGAAAACACCUGAUGAUCUCUUGGACAAUCCGCUCCAUAUCUCAUUUAAGUGUUGAAAGAUAAUCUACCUCGAAUCUUGAUUUUUGUUGAGUUUUGUGUUAUUUCUCUGAAGCCUCUCCAGUUGUAAAUCUCAUAUUGUUCAUUUUUAUAGAAAUACUUAUAAAUAACGUAACUAGGUGAUAAGGAAACAUUGCACUAUAUUUUGGAUUGUUUCUAUUCUAUUUUGCACUAAAAUAUUGGUGAAGAUGCACACCACGCAGAAGGACACGACCUACACAAAGAUUUUUGUCGGGGGUCUUCCGUAUCACACCACGGAUUCCAGUCUCAGGAAAUAUUUUGAAGUGUUCGGAGAAAUUGAAGAAGCUGUCGUGAUUACCGAUCGACAGACCGGCAAAUCCAGGGGGUAUGGAUUUGUGACGAUGGCUGACCGCUCGGCUGCAGACAGGGCCUGUAAAGAUCCGAACCCCAUCAUCGACGGUAGGAAAGCCAACGUCAACCUGGCGUACCUGGGGGCCAAGCCACGGGUGAUGCAGCCAGGUUUCACCUUUGGUGUUCCACAAAUUCAUCCUGCCUUUAUCCAAAGGCCUUAUGGGAUCCCUGCUCACUAUGUGUACCCUCAGGCCUUCAUGCAGCCAAGCACCAUGGUCAUCCCUCACGGCAUGCAGCCCAGUGCUGCCUCUGCCUCCACCGCCUCCUCUCCAUACAUCGACUACACCGGAGCAGCCUACGCACAGUACUCCGCCGCCGCGGCUAGCGCUGCUGCCGCCGCAGCCUACGAGCAGUAUCCCUACGCCGCCUCCCCUGCGGCGGCCGGGUACCUAACCGCAGCCGGUUAUGGCUAUGUUCAGCAGCCCCUGGCUACGGCCGCACCGGGUUCAGCCGUCGCUGCAGCCGCAGCCUUCGGUCAGUACCAGCCUCAGCAGCUGCAAGCAGACCGCAUGCAAUAGCAGCCACUGCAGCCAUUGGACACAACGGGAUGGGAGGCCCGCGGCCGGCCUCGGCUGAUUGGCUGUGAAGAGGAGAGGACGAUGAAGAGGAAGAGAGAGGGGCCGUGUCGGUAAGAGGGUGAUGAUGAUGGUGAGGUGGGAACUCCAUACAGUAGCUUUCCAACUUGCUGUGUUUAAACCAAAAACUUUAUAAAUUCACAAAACUAAGUAAGGAAGGUGGAUUUAUCCUUAUGAUUAUUAUUGUUGUUAUUAAUAUAAUUAUUACUAUCAUUAUAAUUGUAGUAGAGUAUUUAUUUCUAGAGGAGAAAUGCAACAACUAAUCACAGUGGUUGUAGCUUGGUGUAAAACAUGACUUUAUGUUCCAUUGCUGUCAUUAACAUAGGAGAGAGAGAGCGUUCUCUUUAUGGGACACUUAGACGUGUCCUGAAGUGCCCUUGCAACCUAUAUUUACUAUCACAUUUCAAGGGCUCUUGUCCUUCUGUCUUUUCAAGUGCAUUGAAGUAAAUUGUCUGAUAAUCAGGGAAAUGUAUCAGUUUCCAGUGUGUAGGUAAAGACAACCUCUGCAUGUCAGGGAGUAGUUGAAAUAACUGUGGAGAAAAGGAGAAGAUUUGUAGCUCGUGUCACACGUUAAGAACUACCUUUUUAACUUCCUGAUGCUGAAUGUCCCUUUUUUGACUCUGUAUCUUGAACUCUUGACCUAUGCAAAGCAAACAAUUUACCAGGAGACAAAAAAACUGCAGGAAUAACCGGAAAUGCCGUCAACUCUUCAAAGGGCAUCACAAACAAUAUGAAGGCAACUCGCAGAGAGAGAAAGAAAAGCAUGUUUUCAGACAAUGAGAAGCACCAAAUCAGUUAGUCUCAAACACAUGGCUGCAUGCAAACACACGCACACACACACACACGCAUACACAGUUGCGUACAUAGUGGUAAAGGUCAAUGGGCCCAGUCGUGCUCUCUGCCUCUGUGCAAUGGGAUCUAGUCAGACAGAAAGGGAGAGGGAGAGAGAGAGGGAGCAGCUGGGGAGGGGGCUGGCACAGUUCACCCAGCGCCACACAGAUGGAUCACUCUGGAAAUAACGCAUCACUUGUCCUCAUUUGUUGAGCUGUCACAUUUUAAUCCCGGGGCCCAUUUGGGAACUGUCUCUCCUCUGUCCUGCCUGCCUGGCCCUGUCAGCACUUCCACCUCUGUCCUCUAUCCUCUGUCCUCUGUCCUAGAGCCGACCGGCUGGGCUGGUGUCAGGUACACAAACACUUCCCUCCUAUGCUAACCCUCACCAACCCCCUGGCCCUGUACCCACUCCUCACAGCCUCACCAACCCCCUGACCCUGUACCCACUCCUCACAGCCUCACCAAUCCCCUGGCCCUGUACCCACUCCUCACAGCCUCACCAAUCCCCUGGCCCUGUACCCACUCCUCACAGCCUCACCAAUCCCCUGGCCCUGUACCCACUCCUCACAGCCUCACCAAUCCCCUGGCCCUGUACCCACUCCUCACAGCCUCACCAAUCCCCUGGCCCUGUACCCACUCCUCACAGCGUCACCAAUCCCCUGGCCCUGUACCCUGGCCCUGUACCUACUCCUCACAGCCUCACCAACCCCCUGGCCCUGUACCCACUCCUCACAGCCUCACCAAUCCCCUGGCCCUGUACCCACUCCUCACAGCCUCACCAAUCCCCUGGCCCUGUACCCACUCCUCACAGCCUCACCAAUCCCCUGGCCCUGUACCCUGGGGUGGUGAUGGGGGAUGUAGAGAAGGGGGGGGUGCCUUGCAUUUGUAUUGCUAUUUAAGAGAGUAAGAAAGGUGAUCUACUAUUUAAGAUAUUUAUUUUGAGAUUGGACUAUGUUCUAUGCGCUCUAAGGACAGAGAAUUAGUGGUGGUACUGUAUUCAUUUUAUUAUGUAUUCAUCUCAAGGUAUAUAAGUUAUUGAGUAGAUUUAGUUGUAUUAUAAUUAUUAUUAACAUACUCAACCAAAAAUGUUAAUGUAGGAUUUAUAUAAGAUACAAUUCUGUAUGUGCACUGUACAAUUAUACUUUUUGCCUUUUGAAAUCUUAGAAUAAAUAUUGGUUAGUUGAAUGCCUUUUCUAUGAAACUUUAUUUAAAUGCAGGCCUAUUUGCGUGCAGACUGUUACUCUGUCUCUUUUGUGUUUAGAACGGUUGGAAAAGACAAACAAAAUCCUGACAAAAAUGAGCUAAUUGCUGCUUUAUACAUUAGAAUGUAUAGUUAUUGUCAUGGUUCGGAUAGUUGUGCUUCUAUUGCUUUUAAUAUACAUCAGAUGGGCUAUUUUACACUGUUGGGAAUUUUUAUACUUGAACUAUUUCUUACAAGGGAAAAUAUGAAAAAUAAAUGACCAAAAAAAACAUUUUAAGGAAGCUUUUUAUUGUCACUGGAUUAAGGCAUGUACAGUGUUAUUUACUAUAUUUAAAUGCAAAGGUCCUGUUGGUAGUAAAAUGGUAUUUCAGAAUUUCAACACUAUUUACUCUAAAUUGAAAUAAAAGGUUCUAUAUUUAAAAA